AUGGAGACCUACUCCCUCAAGGACUGCUUUCUCCGUGUUGGAUUCUACAAAGUCACCCAAAAAUUGGUAGGACAAGUCUCUGAAUGGAAGUCCGACAUAACGCAAUUCAUAUGUGAUGCUCUCGAAAAGCAUGCCGGAACCUCUAAAAAUAAAGACUCAGCAAACGACGACCAUCCAACAAGCAAGCGCAGUAGGAGUGAGGGAGCCAUUGACGGAACAGCCAGUCCUUUGCAGAAGAGGGCGAAAACAGUCGCCGAUUCCCAUACCGAAGUGCCAACCGCCGCAAAUACAGGACGAUGUCUUCAAGAGCAUCAAACUCCAAAUAUCGGACCUCUAACUUCAUCUCCCAGUGUCACCCAAGAUCGAGUUCUCAGGACACCUUUUUCCGGAACGUUUGUGCGUUUUAUCGAUGCUCAAGCAGGACUCAAUAUAUUGAGGGCAGAACCGGAUUUAUGUGACCAAAGAACAAUCUUAACUUUGGCUGAAAAUUAUUCGUGCUUAACACUCCAUCCAGCGCCUGGUAGUAACCGAAACAUAUUUCAAGACAGGAUUGCAGAGUUGGCAAAAGACGUCUCUCAAGAUUGGCCUCUCGGUGUUCCAAGAGACACAGAUGUCUAUCGCGUCAAGCGUGACGAAGGUCUACAUCAUGUGGGCACGGAAUGGUGUAAAAUCAAAGACAGAGCAAGACUACUUGUUUACAAAAACGGCUCAACAUUUUUGACGUUCUUUUUGAAUGACGAAAAGGGGGGAGGUCUCAGAGAACUUAAGGGUAGUUACCAGGUCCAACCUAAAUAA